AUCCAACGAUCCAGAUUCCAUAAGGGACCGAUCUUUAUCGAACCGCAGAAUUUUACCCCGGGAUCGGAGCUGUUUCGCUUCGUCGGACAAACCGAACUAACGAUCCGGUACAGGUACGAUCGUUCACGUCCGGGAAUUGGCGACGGCAGGCAUCAAACGUCGGAUUUCGGGCUUUGUCGAGGCUGGUUCUCUCUCUCCCCACCUCCCCAUCUUCAAGAAAUUCUUCGUUGAUUUCGAGGAUAUCAGCGCAGACCCAUCUCAAAUUCUCAGGGCAGGCAGCCCUUCGUCACGUGAACACCCCCCCGCCUUCAACUCAUCGUCUCGCCGCAUCUCUGAUCUGUAGAAUGUGAGACCAUUAAGUUGGUCGUGAACCCACAUUAAUGGGAGAAAAUUCAUUUGCCCACAGAAAAUAUAUGUAUUUCCAUGACCAGAGGUACCCCCAUGAAGCAAUUGACAUCCACCACAUUGAGGUCCAAAGUAAUGCUGCAAAGCGUGUUUUUCUCUCUCUUCUUGGUGCCAUCGUUGUGGGGAAUGCAUUGUAUCUUGUCCUUAUCAAGGAGAAAUCAGUUACUCUUCUUUUCUCAAGCUUCCUCUUGUGGGCAUUUCUGAGAAAAUUGUUGCUUGGGAAACCUGUCAAGAAAGAAUCUGUGGUGAUUAUGCCAACUCUUGGGAUACAGCUUGAAACUCUCUAUAUCAGUGGCCGAAUCACGCGUCAGUUUGUUCCCGUCAGCAAGAUUUUAAAACCGGUGCUACAAGAAUGCGUCACACCAGUGACUUGUUAUUGGAGCCUUUCUUUGGUUUUGCGUGAGGAAGAAGAACUGACACCCGUUUUCAAGGAACUACGUCCACCGUUGAAGAUGCUAAUCCCAGUAUGGAAAGCACUUUGUGCUGCCACUGGUGAAGGCAGCUCACAUUCACGCACAGAGGACAGUGGAGAUGCUGAGGAAGGAGUUCGAUCUGAGACAAACCCGUGACAUGACCGAGCCGUCAAUCUUGAAAGACAGGAAACCAGAAGAUCCAUCGCCCUAAAGUUGGCUGAUUGAACCGUUAUUUUCACUGCUAGAGAUGUUCUUCGGCCCAACUGCAAUCGAAGUGGCUGCUUCCAUGUCUCAUCACACCCCGCUUAUAUGUGUGGCUAUAUAUGCAUAUGCAUCUGCUGGGAUAUUCAGGUCAAAGACUAGUGUGAAAAACCACGGGAAACCCAUUGGAAGCUGAAGCCGGAACCGACGAAAAUCCGAUUGAUUUUCCUGUGCGUGGAUUGAGAAACUUGGGAUUGAUCGAACCCGAACUCUCGGCCCAGGCAAAGAGUAAAAGACCGCCAGGUCGAACUCAUUCGUGAACCGGGUCCUUGAUUCAACGACAUACAAGCAUCGGGAACGCUAGUCGAUGUGCACAUAGGUCCGGGUUUACUUCCAGAAAAUUAGCACCGUGGUCGUUGGUAUGUGAUGGCCGAUGCGCUAUUGUUAAGACAAGCAUGAACAUAUUUAACAUACAAA